UGUCUGAGCAACACACCUCCUCUUACAGAAUACUUCCUCAAUGAUAAAUACCAAGAAGAGCUGAAUUUUGACAAUCCUUUAGGAAUGCGAGGUGAAAUAGCAAAAUCUUAUGCAGAGCUUAUCAAGCAAAUGUGGUCAGGAAAAUACAGCUAUGUUACUCCAAGAGCAUUUAAGACACAAGUGGGACGAUUUGCACCACAGUUUUCUGGUUAUCAGCAACAAGAUUGUCAAGAGCUACUGGCUUUUCUCUUGGAUGGAUUACAUGAGGAUUUGAAUCGAAUUAGGAAAAAGCCUUAUAUUCAGUUAAAGGAUGCAGAUGGGAGACCAGACAAGGUGGUUGCUGAAGAAGCCUGGGAAAACCAUUUAAAAAGAAAUGAUUCCAUCAUUGUAGAUAUAUUUCAUGGCCUUUUUAAAUCCACCUUAGUUUGUCCUGAAUGUGCUAAGAUAUCUGUAACCUUUGAUCCCUUUUGUUACUUGACACUUCCAUUACCGAUGAAAAAAGAACGCACUUUGGAAGUUUAUUUAGUUAGAACGGAUCCACUUGCAAAGCCUAUGCAGUACAAAGUAGUUGUUCCCAAAAUUGGAAAUAUAUUGGAUCUUUGCACAGCAUUGUCGACUUUGUCUGGUGUUGCCGCAGAUAAGAUGAUUGUUACUGAUAUAUACAAUCACAGGUUCCACAGGAUAUUUGGCAUGGAUGAAAAUCUAAGUAGUAUUAUGGAACGUGAUGACAUUUAUGUAUUUGAAAUUGCUAUCAAUAGAACAGAAGAUACAGAACAAGUUAUAAUUCCUGUUUGUUUAAGGGAAAAGUUCAGGCACACUAGCUACAGCCAUAGUGGUUCUUCACUGUUUGGUCAACCUUUUCUCAUAGCAGUGCCUAGAAACAAUACGGAAGAUAAACUGUAUAACCUGCUGCUGCUAAGAAUGUGCCGAUACGUAAAAACAUGUACGGAAAGUGAAGACUCUGAAGGAUCCCUACAUUGCUGUAAGGACCAUGGUAUCAAUGGUAAUGGCCCAAAUGGAAUACAUGAAGAAGGAUCUCCAAGUGAAAUGGAAACAGAUGAACAAGAUGAUGAAUCCAGCCAGGAUCAGGAACUUCCUUCAGAGAAUGAAAACAGCCAGUCAGAAGACUCAGUUGGAGGUGACAAUGACUCUGAAAAUGGAUUAUGUACUGAGGAUACUUGCAAAGGUCAACCACUCACGGGACACAAAAAGCGAUUGUUUACAUUCCAGUUCAAUAAUUUAGGCAAUACUGACAUAAACUACAUCAAAGAUGAUACCAGGCAUAUUAGAUUUGAUGAUAGGCAACCUAGGCUUGACGAAAGAUCUUUCCUUGCUUUGGAUUGGGAUCCUGAAUUGAAGAAGAGAUACUUUGAUGAUAGUGCAGCGGAGGAUUUUGAAAAACAUGAAAGUGUGGAAUAUAAGCCUCCCAAAAAGCCUUUUGUGAAAUUAAAAGAUUGCAUUGAGCUGUUCACAACAAAGGAAAAACUAGGUGCUGAAGACCCAUGGUAUUGUCCAAACUGUAAAGAACAUCAGCAGGCUACUAAGAAGUUAGACUUGUGGUCACUGCCCCCCGUACUGGUAGUUCAUCUAAAGCGCUUUUCCUACAGCAGAUAUAUGAGGGACAAGUUGGAUACAUUGGUUGACUUUCCAAUAAACGACUUGGACAUGUCAGAGUUCCUUAUUAAUCCCAAUGCAGGGCCUUGCCGCUACAACUUGAUUGCUGUCUCCAACCACUAUGGAGGAAUGGGAGGAGGGCAUUAUACUGCCUUUGCAAAAAAUAAGGAUGAUGGAAAAUGGUACUACUUUGAUGACAGUAGUGUGUCCACUGCAUGUGAGGACCAAAUAGUGUCCAAAGCAGCGUAUGUGCUCUUCUACCAGAGACAGGACACCAUCAGUGGAACUGGCUUUUUCCCUCUUGACCGGGAAACCAAACAAGGUGCUUCAGCUGCCACAGGCAUCCCACUAGAAAGUGAUGAAGACAGCAAUGAAAAUGAUAAUGAUAUAGAAAAUGAAAAUUGUAUGCACACUAACUAAUGGAAGAACUAGAAGCCAUAAAAGAGACUUUCUUACUGGGGAUACCUAUUGAAAGAGGGAAAUUGCCCACCAAAUUAAGAAUAAAAAUCUGAGAUGGGGAAUUUCAGAUAACAGAAUGUAAAUCUUUAUUACAUUUUAACAUGUGCAGUACUUGAAGCGAAACAAUAAAAACUUAAACAGAAA